UAAAACAUAGAUGUUCUAUGUUUUCAUCGGUUCCUUUCUUUUCUUCCGCCACUGUGACUGCCGACAACUUUCUCUUGGACACAACAACAACACCGGCAACAUCGGGAUUCAUGUUUUUUUUUUAGUUUACAUCAUCCCCAAACUCUCACGCAAACCUCGCUCUUUGGCUCGCACUUAACCCAAAAUCAAACCAUGGAAGCUUCUUUCGACUGGAUUUCCUCGACCUCCUUUGACGUCAUAUUUUGGGGCCCACUCUCCAAAGCUUCAGGGGCUCUUCUGUCAUUCUCUCUCCUUUGUCUUUCCUCGUCAAUGGUUAUGGUCGACACAUGAUGCACGGUGCCUUUAGCAGCGGAUUGUGGUCAAAACAACUUUUUUUUUCUCAUCCCAGAUGAGAGUCCCUCAAACAGAGCACAAUUAUUGUCCAUCCAACAAACCAAUCCCCCCUUUUAUAAAAAAAAAUUUCCCAAUUCAGAAUUUAAAAUAAAAAAUAAAGAUAACAAAAGAAAAAAGAAAAAAAAAAAUCCACAUAGAGAGAGAGAGAGAGAGAAAAGAAUACAGAUGGAUAUAGUCUGUAAGAAUAGGCGAGAUAGAGAUCACUGAUAAUCGCUUCCGUUCCACUAUUUGUCUCUUUGCUUCUGGUUAAUCCGGACACCUUGGUGGGACUACUUGUCAUUUUCCUGCAUGAAGAAUGUAAAAGCAGAAGAGAUACCUCGUUCAGAAUCUUCUUUAUCCUCUAUAGAUGCUGACCAUAGUUCAAUUAGUAAUGGAACAAAACAACCUGACAGUCAUUUGUCAGUAAUGGAAAGCUGUAAACCAGCCUCUUUACAAAAUGCUUCUGAAGGCCCAAUUAGAGGACAAGAAGACCAUACAACAGAUAGAGCAGCUUCAACUUCAUCACUUAUCAUUGAUCAAACUGAGACAGAUCAUCAGGGUAGACUGAAAGAUUCUAGGACUGAGGGAAUACAUGACAGUUGUGAUGAACAGCUAUCUCAAAAUACUUGUUCUGUUGGCAUUUCACGUAUUCAUACUGAGGACAUGAGCGUUCCUCCUGCUUCUAAUCCAAAGAUCGGAGAUUCUGAAAAUGACCAUGUAGCAUCUCCCAGUGAGCUUUCUUUACCCUCUAUAGAUGUCACCAGGGUUGCUAUUGCAUCUAUACAUGGUGUUUGUGAUGGCCAGCAAUCUCAAGAAGCUGAUUCCAUUGUCAAUUCUUCUGUUUUGAAUGGUGACAAUGACAUGAUUUUGCCUUCUGCUUCCUCCCAUGAAGUGAAAUUGAAUGAGCUUACUUCGCUCCUUCCUGAGGUUGGCACCAUUGCUGUUGGAUCCAUUCAAGAUGCUUCUGAUGAACAACAAUCUCAAAAUUCUCAUUCUGCUCCCUUUGAUUCCCAAAGUAAUCAACAUGUAACACCACCAAACGAUUCUACUCAACCCCAUCUUAUGGUCACCACUGUUGCUGCUGGAUCCUUACAAGAUACGUUGGAUGGACAGCAGAGUCAAGGUGCUGCUUCUCUUGGGAGUUCUCAUGUUCUGCUUGAUGGUAUUAUUUCCUCCUCUCCCAAGCUUAGUGACUCUAAGGCGGGAGAUGCCAAAAAUGGGGAUCAUGAAUCCCAAAUCAAUGAUCUUAUUCUGCCUCAUCAAAAGAUUAUCAGUUCUACUGUUGAAUCCCCAAAAUCUAUUAGUCCUAAACACACGAAGCAAGUUGAUGUAAAUAGAGGUCUUAUUGAUACAGCUGCACCUUUCGAAUCUGUUAAAGAAGCUGUUUCCAUGUUCGGAGGAAUUGUUGAUUGGAAAGCUCAUAGAAUGCAAACUGUGGAGAGACGCAAGCUUGUACAACAAGAACUUGAGAAAGUACAGGAGGAGAUGCCUGAAUACAAGAAACGGUCAGAGGAGGCUGAAGAGGCAAAGAUCCAAGUAUUAAAGGAGCUGGACAGCACAAAGAGACUAAUAGAAGAGCUAAAGCUAAGCCUGGAGAGAGCACAAACUGAAGAGCAUCAGGCAAAACAAGACUCUGAACUUGCAAAGCUCAGGGUGGAGGAGAUGGAACAAGGUAUUGCUGAUGAGGCUAGUGUUGCUGCAAAGGCACAGCUUGAAGUUGCUAAAGCUAGGCAUGUAGCUGCAGUUUCGGAGCUGAAAUCUGUUAAAGAAGUGUUGGAAGCACUAAGAAGGGAAUACGCUUCUUUGAUGAUUGAGAGAGACGUAGCUAUUAAGAAAGCUGAAGAGGCUGUUUCUACUUCAAAAGAGGUUGAGAAGACCGUGGAAGAAUUGACUAUUGAGCUGAUUGCCGCAAAGGAGUCCUUAGAGUCUGCACAUGCUGCACAUUUGGAGGCAGAAGAGAAAAGGAUUGGAGCAGCUAUGGCCCGAGACCAAGAUAAUCAUCAUUGGGAAAAGGAACUAAAGCAGGCUGAAGAAGAGCUCCAGAGAUUGAAUCAGCAAAUCCAUUCAGCGAAGGAGCUGAAAUUAAACCUAGAAACUGCUUCAGCCCUGCUACUUGAUCUGAAAGCUGAAUUAGCUGCUUAUAUGGAAUACAAACUUAAGGAGGAAACCGAUGGACACUCCAAUGAUGAGUCACAGACAUCAGAGAAAAGAACUCACACUGAUAUACAAGUUGCAAUUGCUGCAGCAAAGAAGGAACUUGAAGAGGUGAAGCUCAAUAUAGAAAAAGGAACUGCAGAAGUGGAUUGUUUGAAGGUGGCUACUAUUUCAUUAAAAUCAGAGCUUGAAAAGGAAAAGUCUGCUCUUGCCACCAUUAAGCAGAGAGAAGGAAUGGCUUCGGUUGCUGUUGCUUCUCUGGAAGCUGAGCUGGACAAGACUCGGUCAGAAAUAGCCGUAGUCCAGAUGAAGGAAAAAGAGGCCAGAGAGAAAAUGGUGGAGCUGCCGAAGCAACUGCAGAAGGCUGUACAAGAGGCUGACGAGGCCAAGUCACUGGCUCAAAUGGCUCGUGAAGAGCUGCGCAAAGCAAAGGAAGAAGAAGAGCAAGCAAAGGCUGGAGCAAGUACCAUGGAGAGUAGAUUACUUGCAGCUCAAAAGGAGAUGGAGGCUGCCAACGCUUCCGAGAAGUUAGCUUUAGCUGCUAUCAAAGCUUUGCAAGAGAGUGAAUCAGCUCAAAGCACCAAUGAUGUCGAUUCACCUGCUGGUGUAACGCUUUCCAUAGAGGAUUACUAUGAGCUCAGUAAACGUGCACAUGAGGCAGAGGAACAGGCCAACAUGAGAGUGGCAGCUGCCGUUUCUCAAAUUGAGGUAGCUAAGCAAUCCGAGUCAAGAAGCUUGGAAAAACUGGAAGAAGCAAAUCGAGAGAUGGCUGAAAGAAAGGAAGCACUAAAAACUGCUAUGGAGAAGGCUGAGAAGGCCAAGGAAGGAAAGUUAGGUAUAGAGCAGGAAUUGAGAAAGUGGAGGGCUGAACAUGAGCAGCGGCGAAAGGCUACUGAAUUGAGUCAUGGAGAAAACCCACCAAGGGCAAGUUUUGAAGGAAAGAAAGAAACGAACAACUUUGAACCUGUACCUGUAGCUAUACCUGCUACUCCUGCCGGCAUUCUAGCAAGUCCAAAGGCACAUGUCCAUGGGAAUAAAACAGAAACUGAAUCAGCUAAGGAAGUACAGGUUGUAAAGAAAAAGAAAAAGUCACUGUUCCCAAAGUUUGUCAUGGUUUUGGCCAGAAAAAAGACAAAUUCAUCCAAGUCCACGUAAGUAGUCAAUAAAGUGCUGUGUUAUAUUUGCUGUUGUGAUUUUACAUCGCCUUUUUUUUUUUUUUUGGGGGGGG